AUGAACGGUGUGGUGCUCGGGCUCUUUCAUCACCUGCCGCGCUUCAUGGAGUCGGACAGCAAAAGUUUCCAGCCCUGGAGAGAUUACAUGGGACUGUCGGGCAUCAUCAGAGGGAUCCUGGCACGGAACAGCGACGACGCGGAGUCUUCACCGCCAGCCCGCAAGUCCCCGCACUCCCCGGUGUCUGAUGGUCUGUGCGGGGCUCUGGCACAUGUGCGGAUUGACGCAGUUCGCCAGAGUCACCUCGGCGCGGACUGUGCGCCAGAUCUCCCCGGCGAGUUUCCACCUCCGGGCUCCUUUGCUCGUCAGCGUCUAGCCUUUGGUCUGUGUCACGAACCGAACUCCGCUCGAAGCGAUGCACCAGAUGUGGAGGAUUUAAAAUUAGCGCCAAACCCGACCGGCUCCCAGGGGCCAAAGGAGCGACGGAAGACGACUCGUGUCAAACCGCCACCCGAGCGCCCGGCGCUGUCUCCAUCGCCCGAGCGCAUGAGCUGCAGUUUCUGCAAGCACAACGGAGAGUCUGUGCUGGUGUACGGAUCCCACUGGCUGAAGAACCGCGCGGGAGAGGUCAUGUGUCCCUAUCUGCGGCAGUACGUGUGUCCCCUCUGCGGGGCCACGGGGGCCCGAGCUCACACCAAGCGCUUCUGUCCGAAGGUGGACCGGGCGUACAGCUCCGUGUACGCCAAGACGAGACGCUGAGCCAACAGGUGGCAGGCAGCAACAAGACACUGCACAGACGGCACAAUCCUUUCUAUGUGUGAUUUUUUAUUACUAUUAUUAUUAUUAUUAUUAUUUAUUGGCACUAGUGUGUUUUUGCUUUUGAGUGUUGUGGUUUGGUUUUUAUUUGCAUGCUUUGGCACGUUUGCUGUGAGUUGGAGUUGGUCGUUUUUUGGGGCCUGCCUAGAAUCAUUAUCACCGUCUGUCUGGAAGUUGGUGGAAUUUGUGAUGUACUUUGAACAACGACUGCCAGAUAUUAUGUUUGGGAGGAGAAAAGAAGAACAAAACAUAUUUCAAGAAAAUGUAUGUUAGUUUUACAUAUUUUUAAAACGUGGCCAACUGAUGUCCAGUAUCAUAUUUCCUGUCCAUGCAUUGAAGGAUUCCAGCAUUAUAUCAAAACUUAACAAAAAUAAGUCAGUCAUCUGCAAUAACUUUACCACAACAUGAAAACAUCAUAUGACCAUGUCAGCAUUUUAAAUUUUUUAAUAUGAGUGACUUGUUAUGUUCUGAGGUGUACGACCGAAUACCUGUUUCUGAGGCAUGCUAUUUUAUUUUGAAUAUUGUACACUUGGCUAAGAAAAAAACGGCAAUUUCUGCUCUAAUCACUUUGUGAAAAAUAAUAAUUGUAAACAUUUCUGUGAAUGUUCUUCACAUGAAGUUAUACAUGUCUCAAGUGACUAAAUCUGUUUCUAUUCUUUGUCAUCAGUCUCA